AUGAGUUGUAGAAAAUUUUAUGGUGUCUACUUCCACAAAUUGUCAGCCCAUGCUGCCAUACAACAUCGUCUUGUCAGUGGAAAAUCAUGUCAUGCUGAAGAACAAGAAAGAAUUUUCAAUGCGGUUACCAACAUCACUCGUGCAACCUCAUCUAACAAGCCUGGUCAUAUUAUUGGCAAUGUGUUUCUUCGAAUCCAAGCUGAGAAGAAAAUGGGAGCGUACCAUUCAGAGAAUACAGUACCAAAGCAGCAAGCUCACAUAUCCAAACUGGCUAAAUCGGUUCCUUCUCUUGGCAGUACUGUUGUUCCUUUCAGCACUAUAACAAGUCAUUCUUCUUCUUGGCAAGCCCAUUUGGAGAGGAUAAGUGACUUUUGGUGGUUGGCAAAGAUGUUUGGUGGACAAGCAAUGAAGAAGGCGACGUAG